AGAAAGGAAGCUGAACCUGUGACAGUCAGUAAGAAGGAAACCAAAGUGACUGACAGCACAGAGUGGCUGACUUUCAACAGGAAUAGUCCAGUUUCUGAACCAUUUGGAAUUCCUUGCUUUGAUCCUUCAAGUCUUUAAGUCCUUAAACCCUUGUAAAGAUGAGUUGUAUUCCUGCCUCGCACAGUAUGAGCACCAUUCUCAGUCAAGUAGAAUCUCAGAUGGAGGAGAGUUCAGUUCAGAGAAGAGGAAGCAGUGCCUAUCAGAUCUUUCCAGAAGCCAACAUGAAUCAAGAGUCAGACUCCAGCUCCUAUCCUGACGAUUUUCUCUACAGGAGGGAGCGUCUACCCUCUAUUGUUGUGGAGCCCACAGAGCACACUGAGCUGGAGAGCAGAGAGCUGCACUGGCCUCCACGAUGCCUAAUGAGCAACAAUGUGGAGGAGGAGGAGGAGGAGAACAGCGGUGCUGAUCACACAGAGGGAUCUGUGGAUGGAGAGCAGCAGGAGCACAUGGAAGGCCCAGUUGCCAGGAAGUUUUCUAUUGGACCAUCCCAGAGUCAAUUGUCCCUCUCCCGGCUGACCCCACCUGCUUCCCCAACCCCACCUGAAGCUGCCCCACCCUGUCUGAAAAGCUGAACCAGUACAGCCACUAUGGACUGAUACCAUUGCAGUUCACCUGAACUGUGUGUGUAACCUUUAAAUGUGUAACCAGUGCAUGAAUGCUAUCCCAGUAAAGAGAACCGAAUUGGGAAGGUUGAGUAACGUGAAGAUGAAAUAAGGUCCAUUUCAAAUAACUAAUAUUAAGCUGAUUCCAAUCUAGUUUAAAAUAAUUUGCUUAUUUGCUGCUCUUGUAUCUGACUCUGUGGUAUGAAGGUAAUCAGAGAAAGUAGCAAUGACCUCCAGGACCUUCUCAGGGUGAUUUUUUUCCUAUGUGACACCGAUCUCCUCCAAUAGCAACUAAACAUUUGAUGAAUGACUAUCAAAACCAGUUUCCUAAACACCCAGGCCCAACAUGUCUGUUAUAGCUUUUACUGUAGUAAAGACAGCUCCAACUGUGUCAUAGAAUAACUCAGAAAGGAGGACAUCUCCAUCAUUUACAAAGGACUGACCAGUAUGUUUAUGAGGUCUUGAUAGACCAAAUAAUUUAGAUUUUUAUGUCAAGGAAUUUAGACCAUGUUAGGACACUCUUCAAAAUAUCUUAUGGGUUAAAGGUCAAUUAAGGAAGUCACAAUAUUGUCAACCAGUGUAAUAUUGAUCACUUGAAUAACAUACUCUGUGUAAAAGUUACAGUGAUUAGGUGAUAUCCAUUUUUAAAGAAAAAAUCUGCAUAUAUCAACAAUCAUAUAAUAGAAGAUAAUAUCUGUAUGAACUUCAGUGUUAAAAGUUAUUAUAACCACAGUUAUUUGUGAGCUGCUUUAUCCUCCAGUUUGAUCCUGAAAUACCUGAAUUAUUUUAGUUUUUCACAAAUAUAUUCAUUUUAUUUGCAUCGUGUUGUUGUCAUCCCUGCUUUGUUGACUGACUUUGGUCAUGAUUGAUGAUGAAACAUUAUGGAAUAGCUACAGUCCCAAGUGAGCAAAGCUGAGUCCACAAAUCAUGGCUCACCUGGUAGGGUGGUUAAGGCUUAGUCCUAACUGCAGUGGCCAUGGGUUCAAAUCUGAUCUGUGGCUCUUUGCAGCAUAUAAUCCUCUCUCUAUCUCUCUCUCUCGCUCCCAACAUCUUUCCUGU